ACUCCACCCGCGUUGUCCUCUUAAACAUGGUGGAUACAACUCCUCGGCUCUCUCUCUCACUCUCUCUCUCUCUCUCAAGCGAUCGAUAAAAUCAAAAUCUUUCCGAUCGAAACCCUAACUUCGAUCGUUCUCAAGGACGACCUUCGUUCCGUUCCCAUCUAACCGAUUCCUCUUGAGCGAGAUCGGUCAAUCUCUCUCCGCCCGUGCUCCAGUUGGCCAAGGUUCGCACUAUCGAGUACGGUCGAAUGGCUCUGCAAAAUUACGGGUUUUGAGGCAUGGGGUUGGGUCGAUGAAUGAUGCCGGAGUUGCGUAGCGGAGCGCGUAGGGGCCGAGCGCAGGCGAAUCCAGUGGUCCAGGCUGAGCAGCCGAAGACAAGGCGGCGACGGACGGCGAGGAUCCAGCGGCCAGUGGGCGAGAAUCCGCCUGCGGAGGAGAUCGGUCAAGUGGAAGGGCGCGGCGAGGUUGGGGGAUUGGCAGGGGAGGAAAUCCAGGAAGGGGUCGGGGAGAGGAAGAUGAAUGAUUGCAAUAGUGGGGCAAGGAGCGCUGAUAAACUCGCUGGCGGAGAGGACGAGGGGAACGCCGCACCGCUCCCAGAAAAGGUUCAAGUCAGCAAUUCACCACUAUACAAAGUUGAAAGGAAGCUAGGAAAAGGUGGAUUUGGACAAGUUUAUGUUGGCCGUCGAAUUUCGCCUGCCAGCACAAGUGAUAGGACCACUGGUUCUAGUGCUAUAGAGGUAGCGCUAAAGUUCGAGCACAGGACCAGCAAAGGUUGUAAUUAUGGUCCACCUUAUGAAUGGCAAGUGUACAACACACUUGGUGGUAUUCACGGGGUGCCAAAAGUUCAUUACAAGGGCAGGCAAGGGGACUACUAUGUCAUGAUUAUGGAUAUACUGGGACCAAGCCUUUGGGAUGUAUGGAAUAACAAUUCUCACACAAUGUCCGUGGAAAUGGUUGCAUGUAUUGCAAUUGAAGCAAUCUCCAUAUUGGAGAAUAUGCAUUCAAAAGGUUAUGUACAUGGGGAUGUGAAACCUGAAAAUUUUUUACUUGGACCUUCUGGGACUUCUGAAGAAAAAAAAUUGUUUCUUGUUGAUCUUGGCUUAGCCACUAAGUGGAAGGACAGUUCAACAAAUUUGCAUGUUGAAUAUGAUCAACGACCAGAUGUUUUCAGGGGGACUGUGCGCUAUGCUAGUGUUCAUGCUCACCUUGGGAGGACAGCAAGCAGAAGAGAUGAUUUAGAAUCCCUUGCUUAUACACUUAUCUUUCUUCUCCGUGGCCGUCUACUUUGGCAAGGGUAUCAGGGUGAAAAUAAAGGUUUCCUUGUGUGCAAAAAGAAGAUGGCUACAUCUCCAGAGUCUCUUUGUUGCUUUUGCCCACAACCUUUCAAACAGUUUGUUGAAUACGUGGUCAACUUGAAGUUUGAUGAAGAACCUAACUAUGCAAAGUACAUCUCACUUUUUGAUGGCAUAGUAGGUCCUAAUCCAGAUAUUAGGCCAAUUAACACUGAUGGAGCUCAAAAGGUUAUCAAGCUUAUAUAUCAGGUAGGUCAAAAAAGAGGUCGUCUAAUGAUGGAAGAAGUUGAUGAACAGCCCAAAAAGAAGAUUAGGAUGGGGUUGCCGGCAAACCAAUGGAUUAGUGUUUAUAAUGCACGACGACCUAUGAAACAGAGGUACCACUACAAUGUUGCUGAUAUGAGGCUUGCACAGCAUAUCGAGAAGGGGAAUGAAGAUGGUUUAUUCAUUAGUUGUGUGGCAUCGUGUAACAAUCUUUGGGCGUUGAUCAUGGAUGCAGGCACUGGCUUCACUGCUCAAGUUUAUGAACUAUCUACAAACUUUCUUCACAAGGAAUGGAUAAUGGAACAAUGGGAGAAAAAUUAUUAUAUUAGUACACUAGCCGGGACAAACAAUGGCAGCUCCUUGGUGGUUAUGUCUAAGGGUACUCUAUAUGCACAACAAUCAUACAAAGUGAGUGAGUCAUUUCCGUUCAAGUGGAUAAACAAAAAGUGGAGGGAAGGUUUUUAUGUUACUGCAAUGGCAACAGCCGGAAAUAGGUGGGCUGUCGUUAUGUCUCGUAAUGCAGGUUUUUCUGAGCAGGUUAUUGAACUUGACUUCCUUUACCCUAGCGAAGGUAUUCAUCGAAGAUGGGAUAAUGGCUAUCGCAUAACAGCAACUGCUGCAACAUGUGACCAGGCUGCCUUGGUGCUUAGUAUACCUAGAAGGAAACUAAUAGAUGAGACACAAGAGACCCUUAGAACAUCUGCUUUUCCUAGCCAACAUGUGAAGGAGAAAUGGGCGAAAAAUCUAUAUAUUGCAUCCAUAUGUUUUGGCCGCACUGUUUCAUGAAGUUGCUGACCUUCACCAGAACCAUUAAGCACCUUUUGCCAAAUUGCAACAACAACUGGCGGCUAGGAUUACCUUAUUAAGGCACCUUUCGUUUUAUUGCUGUGGUAACCAACUUAGUGGUGCCAUUCUCUGUCAAGUUUUGAAGAUGCCCUUUGCUUGAGCAAUCAAAAUAUAUUUGUUUUUUGGCAUCUUAAGUAAAUUUAAGGUUGUAUAGUUCUAAUAUUUAGGUUGGAACUGCUUAUUUUUGCAGAAAUUUAACCAUCUAGUGGAUGGGAUCAUUUUACUAUAACUGCUGUUUUAUUU